CUUCCAUUACCCAGAAUGCCUCGCUUGUUGCCGUCUAGCGAAGCAGUGACUGUGUAGAAUAUAGUCCGGGGGCAGCUUACAUUUGACAUUCAUGAAGUUUGCCGUUACUAUGCAUUUUUAUCGCAUGAAAUAAACCACAGCGGGGAAAGAAAAUAACAGGGGAAGGCGACAUCUGUUGCUGUCAAAACACAAGCAAUGCCACUCUUCGCGACCAACCCAUUUGACCAAGAUGUUGAGAAAGCAACCAGUGAGAUGAACACAGCUGAGGACUGGGGCCUCAUUCUGGACAUAUGUGAUAAGAUAGGGCAGUCACGCACUGGGCCUAAAGAAUGCCUCCGCUCCAUAAUGAGAAGAGUGAACCACAAGGAUCCCCACGUGGCCAUGCAGGCACUGACUCUCCUUGGUGCUUGUGUCUCAAACUGUGGGAAGAUAUUCCACUUGGAGGUGUGCUCCAGAGAAUUCGCCAGUGAAGUCAGUAAUGUCUUAAACAAGGGCCACCCCAAAGUAUGUGAGAAGCUGAAGGCACUGAUGGUGGAGUGGGCAGAGGACUUCCGCAACGAUCCCCAACUCAGUUUGAUCUCAGCCAUGAUCAAAAACCUACGUGAGCAGGGUGUCACUUUCCCUGCUGUGGGGUCGCAGGCUGCAGAGCAAGCAAAAGCAAGCCCUGCUUUAGUGGCAAAGGAUCCCUCCACCUCAACAAACAAAAAAGAAGAAGAAGACCUGGCCAAAGCUAUUGAGCUGUCACUGAAGGAGCAACGUCAGCAGCCCCAGACCUCCCUGUCAAGCCUCUACCCCAGCACCUCCAGUCUGCUCUCCUCACACAAGUCCGACGGCAGAAAAGUCCGCGCCAUCUAUGACUUCGAGGCCGCAGAGGACAAUGAACUCACUUUCAAAUCAGGAGAAAUCAUCACUAUCUUGGACGAUAGUGACCCCAACUGGUGGAAAGGGGAAACAUACCAGGGCGUGGGGCUGUUCCCCUCUAACUUUGUCACUGCUGACCUCACUGCAGAGCCUGAGAUGAUGAAGACAGAGAAGAAGUCGGUACAGUUCAGCGAGGACAUCCAGGUGGAGACCAUAGAGCCUGAGCAAGAGCCUGUAUAUAUAGACGAGGACAAAAUGGACCAGCUACUGCAGAUGAUCCAGAGUGCGGAUCCUACAGACAACCAGUCAGACAGCGUUGAGUUAUUACAGUUGGAAGGUGCCUGCAAUCAAAUGGGACCACUCAUUGACCAGAAGUUGGAGGAUAUAGACAGGAAGCACUCAGAGCUGUCAGAGCUGAAUGUCAAGGUGAUGGAAGCUCUGUCUUUGUAUGCCAAGCUAAUGAACGAAGAUCCAGUCUACGCUAUGUACGCCAAGCUGCAGAGCCAGCAGUACUACAUGCAGCAGCCUGCCAACGCAGCACAACAGGUCUACCCUGGUCAGCCUGCAUCAGGUUCGUACGCCAUGAGCGGUACCGCGGUGCAGGGUUACACUGUUCCCAUGGAGCAGCUUCAAGCUGGAACCCCAAUGCCCGGCCAGCCAGCCCCCAGUGAUGUCCAUAUGUACAUGGGCCAGCCGCCAGCCUACACUGCAGCCCCGGGCAGCAUGGCCCCAGCAGAUAUUCACUCCUACCAGAACGCCGCCAGCGCCCCUGGCCCCGCCCCUGGCACAAAUCCCGCAGGCAUGACGCAGACGCCAAACUACAGUACCCCCUCUGGCCAGAGCAUAGCACCUUCCUCAGAUGCCCCACAGGCCCCCUACUCAGAAAAGGCCUUGCUAUAGGGCCACCCGAGCUCACCGUUAUCCUCACGCAGACACUCACAAACGCACACACACACACACACCAGACCUGAUCAAAUAGUGGUUGUAAAUCAUUCUUUCCAUUUCUUUGAUUGUGUUUUAUAAUUUCUUUUAUCAUCGAACACCAGAUGAAUGGAAAAAAUGAAGAUAGAGGAGACUGACAUUGAUACCUGGCAUACUUUGCAUUGUUUUAUCAGGCAGAUAUAAAGUUAAAUAUACAGUUACACUUGUCCUUCUAGGUUUAGAAGUGAUCACAGUAUGGUCUGAAAAUGGCCACAACUUUCUUUUAGGACUGUAUUUGAUUAAUUGUGUUUCUUCAUUCUCACUCUUCUCCUCCAUGUCUUUACACGAUUCAGAUGUAAAGAUGUGGAGGAGCUCUCAGCUGCACUUUCAUCCUCAGUUGCACUUAUUUAUGUUUUAGACAUCACUCGUGCCUGAUCACUUCUAAAACUAGAUGUCAUAGCAAUAUGAGCAUUGUCAAUUUUUUAUUAAUUACUUCCUUUUUAUCAUAAGACUAUUAAAAAACAACAAGUGUAAUUGUAGCCACUAAUCAGCCAACUAAUCACAGAAUAUUUGUCCGAUUACUAUUUGAUCAAGUGUGAAAUAUACAAGCAUUCCCCUCACACCACCCUCAGCACGCACACUGGAGCUACACACACGGUAUUCAGUCACACUACAGGCAGGUGUACAGCAGUGAAAAUGCACACAAACACAGUUGCACCAGUUGGUUCACACAUCCUCUGAAGUACGUGACCUUCACACCUCACCUUCACUCACACACUAACACGGAGAGAAAUUCACAACAGCCUUCUCACCCACUUACAUAACUACAGCUAAUCACGUCACAAAAAAAGGGGCGUCGACUCGCAUUCACCUUUUUUUUUUUUUUUUUUUUUUUUUUUUUAAACGAGGAAAAGGACUUUUAGCAACGCUGAAAACGUUAGGCUACUACAUUCUGUAUAUGUUGUCAACUUUUAGAAGUACUGAAAACUGAAGACACUUUUUUUUUUGGAGGGAAAAGAAGCAAGAGGAAAUUAAGCAUGCACAUGACUCUUGUAUAUACUGUACUGAACUAGUAGUGAAGCCACAUGAUGACCUCAUGGGUGGUCUGUGUGUUAGCGCUGCUCCCAGGUGUUUCAGCCUUAAAGGUGAACUCUGCAGUUAUGACGUCUCCGAUGAAUUAAAGGUGUAAAAGCCAAAGAGAACAAAGUGAAAAAAUGUUCACAUGUCAGAGAACAAGAUUGUUUUUCUUUCUUUCUUUCUUUUUUUAUUUUUUUUUUUACAUGAUUGACUUCAUACUGCAGAGUCCUCCUUUUGAAAACGAGCAGUUCUGGAUCCUCGUUGGUGGACGCAGAGCUCGCUCUGUCUCCAUUGUGGGGCUGCACUAACAGACUCGUACCACAGUCUUGGCUACUAAGGGGGCGAACUCUUUGAACACACCCCCCCCCCCAGUGUCUUUUAAAGCAUCUCCUUAGUCAGUGUUGAAAAAUGAAUACUAUGUUUUUGUAGUGCAUUUUAAUUUAUGUUUUUGAUUAUUGUUAUGCUAUUUUAAAUGGAGAAGCAGUGCAGGAUGUAUGUAUUCAAAGAAAAGCGGAAUAUGUGAUAUUCUGCCCAUCUUAGUUGUAUAUUUAAAUCGCUCACAUGAGAACAUGGACUAUUCUCUCUGUGUUUGAUACAUGCUUAUUGUACUGUAGGCUCAAAUGGUAAUGUGAAAACUGAUCGAACCUCCCCACGCAUUUCAAAACCUGUCCGUUCUCAGAGCUAUGUUAACACUAAAACAAAUUCUACCUGAGGCAGAGAUGAAGUAAGGUUUCUAUGAUCCCGCAGUUGGGAUUUGUAGACACCUCUUUCCCCAAUGUCUGUCUAAGUUAACAGUGACUCUUAUUUCAAGCAUUCAUGAUCAAAGCUUUUAUAAAGUCUUCUUUUCAUAUUGUGUUAUUCAUUAGAAAAUGAUGCUUGAUGAAAGCACCUUUUUGAUACUCUUAGUUCUCAGUUGCUCAUAUUGCAUCGACAUGUUUAAAGGUCUUUGGGAAAGAGGUCAUGUUUGCAAAUACUGAUUGGGUUGCAAAAACCUGAUGAAAAAUAAUUUAUCUGUUGUAUAAUAUUGACUGAAACUAAAUGAAGGAGAUAUGAAGCAGUUUUAAAUAAUUUCUUCCAAUUGCAGGGCAAAUUGGUGUGUUGAUCUAACUUAAAAUCUGUGUCAUUUUAGUUUCUCUUGAGAUCUUCUGUUUCAAAUGUUCUACUCCUUGCCAUCCCUGUGCCGCCUUAAGAAUAUAAAACAGCCCUCAAUUUAAGCUCAGUAACCAGGACUUUGCAAACAAGAGGCCGUUUUAUCCUUCAGAGCUUGAUUUUAGCAUUUAUUAAGUUGAUUUCCAAGACAAGGAAUCCUAUUUCGCUGCCUUCAACUAAAUGCUACAGUGAAAUAAUACGAAUCUGUUGAAUAUAAAGAGGGUCAAAAAUAUCAAAGUAGCAGCUAUUCUGGGGACCACGGGACCAGGAGCCAGUUAAUCAUCACACGACAUUUAAAAUCUAACAUCUCGUUGCACCACUGCAGCUCUGAUGUAACUUUAUUGUACAGGAUUGAGAUGCUGCCUGUUUUUAAGUUUUAAACCAACAUCAUUAUUGUAAAGGUUCUGUCUAAACUUGUACCCUGCUGUUUGUAUGUAUUCUUUUAACCAUACUUAUUAAUUGGUAUUCACAAUAAAACCAGGCCAAAUGUACAGAAUAAUA